AUGAUUCCUCUAUUUCUUUCUGGCACUUCUGCCAUGCGCGUCAGAAUGUCAGCUGGCCUACACGCAAUUUCGUCUGCUUCACUUGCCUUCGAUGCCAUUUGUCAACUGGGCUACCUGCUAUUUCGUCUGUUUCAUUUGCCGACGAUGCCAAUUUGUAAUCUGGGCUACCUGCUAUUUCGUCUGCUUCUCUUGCCUCCAAUACCAAUUGUCAACGGGGCUUCCUGCUAUUUCGUCUGCUUCACUUGCCUCCAAUACCAAUUGUCAACGGGGCUUCCUGCUAUUUCGUCUGCUUCUCUUGCCUCCAAUGCCAAUUGUCAACGGGGCUUCCUGCUAUUUCGUCUGCUUCUCUUGCCUCCAAUGCCAAUUGUCAACGGGGCUACCUGCUAUUUCGUCUGCUUCUCUUGCCUCCAAUGCCAAUUGUCAACGGGGCUACCUGCUAUUUCGUCUGCUUCUCUUGCCUCCAAUGCCAAUUGUCAACGGGGCUACCUGCUAUUUCGUCUGCUUCUCUUGCCUCCAAUGCCAAUUUUCAACGGGGCUACCUGCUAUUUCGUCUGCUUCUCUUGCCUCCAAUGCCAAUUGUCAACGGGACCUCCUGCUAUUUCGUCUGCUUCUCUUGCCUCCAAUACCAAUUGUCAACGGGGCUUCCUGCUAUUUCGUCUGCUUCUCUUGCCUCCAAUACCAAUUGUCAACGGGGCUUCCUGCUAUUUCGUCUGCUUCACUUGCCUCCAAUGCCAAUUGUCAACGGGGCUUCCUGCUAUUUCGUCUGCUUCUCUUGCCUCCAAUACCAAUUGUCAACGGGGCUUCCUGCUAUUUCGUCUGCUUCACUUGCCUCAAAUACCAAUUGUCAACGGGGCUUCCUGCUAUUUCGACUGCUUCCCUUGCCUCCAAUACCAAUUGUCAACGGGGCUUCCUGCUAUUUCGUCUGCUUCUCUUGCCUCCAAUGCCAAUUGUCAACGGGGCUUCCUGCUAUUUCGUCUGCUUCUCUUGCCUCCAAUGCCAAUUGUCAACGGGGAUUCCUGCUAUUUCGUCUGCUUCUCUUGCCUCCAAUGCCAAUUGUCAACGGGGCUACCUGCUAUUUCAUCAGUUUCACUUGCCUACGAUGCCAGUUUUCAACAGGGCAAACUGCUAUUUCGUCAGCUACAUUUGCCUUCGAUGCCAAUUAUCAACUGGGCUACAUGCUAUAUCGUCUGCUUCAACUGUCUCUGUGGCCCUGAAUUGGGCGAAUAUAUUUUGUUAAAAAGUGAACUUCAGCUUUCUGUCACUUUCGCUACAGAUUGCCAAAUGGGCUACAUGCUAUUUCGUCUGCUUAAAUUACCUUCAAUGCCAAAUGUCAACUGCGCCACCUACUAUUAG